GACUUUCCUUCUCCCUUACAGAGAUGGGGGCCCAGAAGAGCUGGUGGCCAAUCUGGGCUGGAGUCAGCUUCUUGCUGGUCCCCCUGCCCACCGCGGACGCAUCCUGCUCUGGGGUCAAAUGUGGGCCCCAGGAGCGCUGUCAGAUGGUGGCUGGCAAGCCCACGUGUGUGGCCGCCUCCAGCGCCACGUGCUGGGCCCAGGGCGACCCCCACUACACGACCUUCGACGGCCGCCGCUACGACUUCAUGGGCACGUGCUCCUACACGCUGUCCGAGCUCUGCGGCUUUGACUACUCCCUGCCCUCCUUCAGUGUGGAGACCAAGAACGAGCAUCGGAACAGCAAGAAGGUGUCCUCCGUGAGCCUGGUGACCAUCAGCGCUUACAGCCAGGUGGUCUCCCUGGCUCGAGGGGAGCACGGCUUUGCCCGGAUCAACAACCAGAAGUCUCGGCUGCCGGUGUCCCUGCACGACGGGAAGCUGAAGGUGUUCCAGAGCGGGACCCAGGGGGUGAUCGAGAUGGACUUUGGGCUUCGCAUCACCUACAACUGGGACUGCCGGCUGAGCCUGACCCUACCAUCCCGCUUCCAGAACGAGGUCUGCGGGCUCUGUGGGAACUACAACGGGGACCCCGCAGACGACUUCCUCAAGCAGGACGAGACCCUGGCCGCCGACGCCGUGGAGUUCGCCGAGAGCUGGAAGCUCGACGACGGUGACCAGUUCUGCUCCAACGACUGCCAGGGAGGCUGCCCCAGCUGCACCCCCGGGCAGAACCAGCACUACGAAGGCGACAAGGUCUGCGGGAUGCUGAGCCUGGCGACGGGCCCCUUCGCCCUCUGCCAUGGCGUCCUGGACCCCCAGAGCUUCCUGAAGGACUGCGUCUACGACCUGUGCGCCAACAACGGUGACCGGCCCAGCCUGUGCCGCGCCCUCGACUCCUACGCCACGGCCUGUAGGGAGCAAGGGGUCACCAUCCGGGACUGGCGGACCGCUGCUGGCUGCCCCAUGACCUGCCCUCCCAACAGCCAGUACUCCCCCUGCAGCAGCGCCUGCCCCGCCUCCUGCUUCGGGGACUUGGCCCCCGCUGACUGCGACUCCCGGCCCUGUGUGGAGGGCUGCGUGUGCAAGAAGGGCUUCCUGCUGAGCGGGGACGCCUGUGUGCCCAGCGCGUCCUGCGGCUGCCAGCACCAGGGCCUCAUGCUGGCCCCCGGGGAGGCGGUCUGGGGCGAUGAGCUGUGCCGCGAGCGCUGCGUGUGCAACGGGAAGACGCAGCAGGUGGAAUGCAAGAACACGGGGGGCUGCCCGGCGGGAGAGCGCUGCCGGGUGCAGGGUGGGCUCCAGGGCUGCUACCCAGACCGCUUCGGGACGUGCCAGGCCUCCGGGGACCCCCACUACAUCAGCUUCGACGGGCGGCGCUUUGACUUCAUGGGCACCUGCGUCUACCUGCUGGCGGGCUCCUGCGGCCAGGACGCGGCCCUGCCCUCCUUCCGGGUCCUGGUGGAGAACGAGCACAGGGGCAGCCAGACCAUGUCCUACACCAGGGCCGUGCGCGUCCAGACCCGCGGCGUGGAGGUUGCCGUCCGCAGGGAGCACCCCGGCCGGGUCCUGGUGGACGGUGUGCUGCAGUACCUGCCCCACCAAGCGGCCGGGGGCCAGGUGCAGAUUUUCCAGAGCGGGUACGACGCCGUGAUCCGCACCGACUUUGGCCUGACCGUCUCCUACGACUGGAACGCCCGCGCCAAGGUCAAGGUUCCCGUCAGCUACGCCAACGCCCUGUGCGGCCUCUGCGGCAACUUCAACGAGGACCCCAAGGACGACUUCGCCCUGCGGGACGGCUCCCUGGCCGCCGACGCCUUGGCCUUCGGCCAGAACUGGCAGGAGGAGGCCCUCCCCGGCUGCGGGGCUGGGAGUCCGGGCGAGUGCCCACAGCUGGACACCCUGUUAGCGCAGCAGGCGCAGAGCAAGAAGGAGUGCGGGCUCCUGAAGGACCCGGCGGGGCCCUUCCGCGACUGCCAGGCCAAGGUGGACCCCGACAGCUUCUUCCGGGACUGCGUAUAUGACCGGUGCCUGCUGCCCGGCCAGCCCGACGCGGGCUGCGAUAACCUGGCUGCCUACGUGGCCGCUUGCCACGCCGCCGGGGCCACCGUCCACCCCUGGAGGACUGACCACUUCUGCCCCGCGGCGUGCCCCGCCCACAGCCACUACGAGGAGUGCUCCCGGGGCUGCCCCGCAUCCUGCAGCGACAUCUCUGUGCCCGGGGGCUGCGGCUCCGAGUGCCGCGAGGGCUGCGUGUGCGACGAGGGCUUCGCUCUAAGCGGGCAGGACUGCGUGCCCCUGGCCCAGUGCGGCUGCCUCUUCCGCGGCGUGUACUACAGCCUGGGCCAGUCCUUCUACCCGGGCCCCGGCUGCGACUCCCUGUGCCAGUGCGGGGAGGGUGGUGUGGUCACCUGCUCGCCCUCCGCCUGCGGCCCCCACGAGGACUGCCAGGUGGCCGGCGGCGCCCUGGGCUGCGUGGUCGUGGGCUCGGCCACCUGCUCGGCCUCCGGGGACCCCCACUACACCUCCUUUGACGGGCGCAAGUUUGACUUCAUGGGCACCUGUGUCUACACCCUGGUGCGCACCUGCGGCUCUCAGAGCGGCCUGGAGGGCUUCGAGGUCCUGGUGGAGAAUGUGGCCUGGGGCAGCGGGGCGGUCAGCGUCACUCGGGUGGUGACCGUCCGCGUGGCCGACGUCUCCUUGGUGCUGGAGCAGCACCAGUGGAAGGUCAAGGUGGACGGCGUGGCCCUGAACUUCCCCGUGGUCCUGUCCGGGGGCCAUGUCCGAGCCUACCAGCACGGGGCGGAGGCUGUGAUCGAGACUGACUUUGGCCUGCGGGUGGCCUACGACCUCGUCUACUCCGUCCGGGUCACCGUCCCCGGCAACUACCACAGCAAGCUCUGCGGCCUGUGCGGGAACUACAACGGGAAGCCCGAGGACGACUUCCAGAAACCCGACGGCCAGCUGGCCAGCAACCCCGCGGCCUUCGGGGACUCGUGGGAGACGGCCGUGCCCGGCUCCCCCUGCCGCCCCGUCUGCGACCCCGACUGCCCCAGCCCGCCCCAGUGCCGGCCCGAGCUGGCCGAGACCUACGGACAGGAGCGCUUCUGCGGCUUCCUCACCAGCCCCCAGGGGCCCCUGGCCGCCUGCCACGCCCUGGUCAGUCCCGGGGGCUACUUCGACGACUGCGUCUUCGACCUCUGCCUGGGCGGGGGCAGCCAGGACAUCCUGUGCAACAGCAUCCACGCCUACGUGGCCGCCUGCCAGGCCGCGGGGGGCACCGUCCAGCCCUGGAGGAGCGACAAGUUCUGUCCCCUGAAGUGCCCCCCCAACAGUCACUACGAGCUGUGUGCCGACACCUGCUCCCUGGGCUGCGCGGCCCUGAGCGCGCCCCCCAACUGCCCCGGCACCUGCUCCGAGGGCUGCCAGUGCGACGUGGGCUUCGUCUCCGACGGCCGGGCCUGCAUCCCCCUGCAGGACUGCGGCUGCUACGUGGACGGCAGAUACUACGAGCCCAACCAGCCCGUGCUGCUCCACAACUGCAGCCAGCAGUGCACGUGCCGCCCCGGGCAGGGCCUGCAGUGCCAGGACCACAAGUGCGGCGCCGGGCAGGCGUGUGAGCCCUCAGACGGCCUCCUGAGCUGUGUGACCAAAGACCCGUGCCAGGCUGUGACCUGCCUGGAACAGGAGACGUGCCAAGUGCAGAACGGCCAGGGCGUCUGCGUCCCCAACUACCAGGCCACCUGCUGGCUGUGGGGGGACCCCCACUACCACUCCUUCGACGGCCGAGACUUUGACUUCCAGGGCACCUGCUCCUACGUGCUGGCGGCCCUGUGUGGGGGGCCCUCGAGUCUCCCCGCCUUUACAGUCACCACCAAGAACGAGAACAGGGGGAAUCCCUCCGUGUCCUACGUGCGCCUCGUCACCGUCACAGCCCACGGGACCAACAUCUCUGUGCACAAGGGCGAGGCCGGCCGAGUGCGGGUCAACGGCGUGCUGACCACUCUUCCGGUGAGUGAGGCCGGAGGGCGCCUGGUGGUGUCCCAGGGCCCCGGCCUGGCCGUGCUGGACACCGACUUUGGCCUCCGGGUCACCUACGACUGGAACUGGCGCGUGGAGGUGACCCUGCCCAGCAGCUACCACGGGGCUGUGUGCGGCCUGUGCGGGAACCUGGACAAGGACCCCGCCAACGACAUGGCCUUCCCCAAUGGGACCCUGGCUUCCUCCAUUCCCAGCUGGGGCGGCAGCUGGCGGGUGCCCGAGUGGGACCCUUUCUGCUGGGACGAGUGCCACGGGAACUGCCCCAUGUGCGAGGAGGACAAGAAAGAGCAAUACGGGGGCCCCGACUUCUGUGGGCCCCUGGCCCCCGGCGCGGGGGGCCCCUUCUCGGCCUGCCACGCCCACAUCAAGCCCGACCCCUUCUUCACCGGCUGCGUCCUGGACGUCUGCCUUGGAGGCGGCUCUCAGGACAUCCUGUGCCCGGCCCUGGCCUCCUAUGCAGCCGCCUGCCAGGCUGCUGGCAUCGCCAUCGGGGAGUGGAGGACCCAAGCCAAAUGCCCGUACCCUUGUGGGCCAAACAGUCACUACGAGCUGUGUGGGCCAGCCUGCCCGCCCAGCUGCCCGGGGCCAGACCCCGCCCCGCCGUGCUCCGGAAAGUGCUCCGAGGGAUGCCAGUGCGACGACGGCUUCAUCCUCAGCGGCAGCGUCUGCGUGGCCCGCGAGGGUGGCUGCGGGUGCUGGGCCAACGGCACCUACCACGAGCCCGGGGCCGAGUUCUGGGCUGAUGCCAGCUGCUCCUCCCUGUGCCGCUGCGAGCCCGGCCAAGGCCAGCUGCUGUGCUCCCCGGCCAGCUGUGGGCCCGGCCAGGAGUGCGCCCUCCUCGCCACCGGCCUCCACGGCUGCCGCCCCCUCAGCACCGCCACGUGCCAGGCGUCCGGCGACCCCCAUUACGUGACCCUGGAUGGGAGGCUCUUCAACUUCCAGGGCUCCUGUGAGUACCUGCUGAGCGGCACCUGCACCGACCCCCAGCCCGGAACGGAGACCUUCUUCGUGACCGUGGCCAACGCCCCCCGUGGGAACAAGGCCGUCACCUACACCCGGGACGUCACUCUGCACAUCUACGACCACAGCUUCUCCCUGGGCAGCUCCUUCCCCCGCAAGCUGAAGGUGGACGACCAGCUGGUGGCCCUGCCCUUCCGGCUGGACACGCGUCUCCAGGCGUACCUCAGCGGCGCGAGCGUGGUGAUAGAAACGGUUUUCGGCCUGACUCUGACCUUUAACGGGGACAGCCUGGUGCGGCUGCAGGUCCCGGCUCCGUACGCAGGCGCUCUGUGCGGCCUCUGCGGGGACUAUAACGGGGACCCCGCCAACGACCUCACCCCCAAGGGCGGCCAGCCGGGCAGUGAUCCCGUGGCCUUCGGCAACAGCUGGAAGGUGGGCGGCGGUCCGGACUGUGGCGUCUGUCCUCCCAGCGAGUGCCCGGACAGCUGCAGCGAGCAGGAGCAGGCCCAGUUUGGGGGCCCGGAGGCCUGUGGGCUGAUUUCGGCAGCCCAAGGACCCCUCGCCGCCUGCCACAGCCUGGUGGAUCCCACCCCCUACUUCAAAAACUGCCUACUGGACGCCUGCCACGCCCAGGGUCAUCCCAGCGGCCUCUGUCCUGCCUUGGCCGCCUACGUGGCCGCCUGCCAGGCUGCGGGGGCCCAGCUGAAUGAGUGGAGGCGACCAGACUUCUGCCCCUUUUCCUGCCCUGCCAACAGCCACUACCAGCUGUGCAGUGACUCCUGCCCGCGGAGCUGCCCGGACCUCUCGCCCCCGCCGGGCUGCGUGCCCGCCUGCCGUGAGGGCUGCGUGUGUGACGCGGGCUUCGUUCUCAGCGGGGACGCCUGCGUGCCCGUGGGCCAGUGCGGCUGCCUCCACGAGGGCCGCUACUACCCACUGGGGCAGACCUUCUUCCCGGGCGCGGUCUGCGAGCGGCGCUGUGAGUGCGGCCCCGGCGGCAAGGUCACCUGCCAGGAGGGCUCCCCCUGCGGGCCCCACGAGGAGUGCCGUCUGGAGGGCGGCAUCCAGGCCUGCUACCCCACGGGCUGCGGCCGCUGCACGGUGUCCAGCAGCAUCCACUACGUGACCUUCGACGGCCGCGUCUUUGACCUCCACGGCUCCUGCUCCUAUGUGCUCACCCGAGUGUGCCAGCCCCUGCCCGGCUACGAGGACUUCGCCAUCGUCCUGGAGAAGGGCGCCGAUGGAGACCUGGAGCACGUGCUGGUGACCGUGGGAGACCGGACGGUGGGCCUGGGCCGAGGCCUGAAGAUCACCGUGGAUGGGGAGCUGGUGGCGCUGCCCGUGGCCGCCGGCUCGCUGAGGCUGACCCCGGAGGGCCGCAACGUGAUCCUGCAGACCACACAGGGGCUGCGGCUCCUCUUCGACGGCGAUGCCCACUUGCUGCUGUCCGUGCCCAGCCCGUACCACGGCCACCUCUGCGGCCUCUGCGGGGACUUCAACAGCAACUGGAACGACGACUUCCGGCUGCCCGGGGGCAGCCUGACCUCGGACGUGGACACCUUCGGGGCGGCCUGGCGCGUGCCCAGCUCCCCCGGGGACCGGCCCUGUGGCGAGGGGGCGGGGGCGGGCUGCUGCCCCGUUUGUUCUGCGGAGGAGACCGCCCCCUACGAGAGCCUUCAGGCCUGCGGGCGGCUCCGUGACCCCCAGGGCCCCUUUGCCGCCUGCCACGCUGUGCUCAGCCCUUCCGAAUACUUCCGCCAGUGCGUGUACGACAUGUGCGCCAGCCGCGGCAACGCCAGCUCCCUGUGCCGCAGCCUGGGCACCUACACUGCGGACUGCCAGGCUUCUGGGGUCACUCUGAAGCCGUGGAGGAGCGAUAAAUUCUGUCCACUCAGCUGCCCGGCUCACGGGCACUACUCAGGCUGCGUUCACGGGUGCCAGGCCUCCUGCGCCGGGCUCUCUGGCCUAGGGGGCUGCACCCCCCGCUGCUUCGAGGGCUGUGCCUGUGACCACGGGUUCCUGCUCUCCCAGGGCGCCUGCGUGCCCAUCCAGGCCUGUGGCUGUGUCCACCAGGAUAGCUACCUCCCGGCCAACUCAACCUUGGUGAAUGCGGACUGCUCCCAGCAGUGUACCUGCUCCCUGGGAGGCAAGCUGAGCUGCCAGGCCAUGAGCUGCCCCGCAGGCAGCAUGUGCCAGCUCCAGGGAGGCUCCAGGGGCUGCAAGGGCCCCAUCGGCGUCUGCUCCCUCUCCAGCAGUCUCAACACCUUUGACGGGCUGGAGGUCCCGGCCGGCGCCGCCGGCAUUUACGAGCUCUCGGCCCUCUGCUCCAAGGCCAGCGCGGGCGACUCGUGGUUCCGCGUGCUGGCCGACUUCCGGGCGUGCGGGAACGCCUCCGCGAGGGUGAGCCGGGCCCACCUCUUCUUCCCGGACGGCCUGGUCACCCUGACGGCGACUGGACAAGUGUGGGUGAACGGACAGCGGGCGACCCUCCCGGCCGAGGUGCUGAGCUCGGUGUCGGUGCGUUCGGCCGCCGACAGGUCGCUCCAAGUGCGCCAGGAGCGCGGGGUGCGCGUCUGGCUCAGCCCGGCUGGGGAGCUGCACGUGACGGUGGACGAGGCCCAGGCGGGCAAGCUGUGCGGCGCCUGCGGGAACUUUGAUGGGGACCAAAGCAACGACGGGAAGGACUCGGGCACCCUGCGGGGCUGGGAGGCCCAGGACUUAUCGCCGUGCUCCGCGUGACCCACGGACCCGCCUCUGCUGGGACGCCUCCGCAUCGGCGCUGGGACGCCGGCGCCCUCCUGUGAUGGCUCUGUGGCCCCCCGGAGGGAGGGGGCGGGGCGACAGACCCCCCCCCCAUUAGUCAAUGAGACCAUUUCUGAGAAAUGUUAAUAAAUGGUUAAAUACCGUCUGGAACAA